GUGUGUGUGUCACUCCAUGUUAACUCCACGCAUCGCGGUUACCCCGUAGCACCUGUUCCUCACUCCAGUAAGAAUGCAGGUGUGUGUUUAUCUGCUCCUUGUGCUCCACGCUGCUGAUGGCUGCAUGUUGGUAGGGAAUCUGAGGACAGACGUCAUCACUGCAUACACAGGAGACUCAGUACAGCUGCCCUGCUCCUGUACUGAACCACACGCCAAACCUGAGAGUUUCACCUGGCAGAAAUACAACACAAGAAGACAAACAUGGGAUGUGAUCACCAGUGAGAGUGAACAGUACAGAAACAGAGUUCAGAUGGGUACUGCUCACUCUCCAGGAAAUCUCUCUCUACUCAUAUCACACCUGACUGAAGAGGAUGAGGGAGAAUACUGGUGUUAUCUUAACCAGUGGAACUAUAAAUACAUCAAACUCAUCAUUAAAGGCUGCAUGUUGGUAGGGAAUCUGAGGACAGACGUCAUCACUGCAUACACAGGAGACUCAGUACUGCUGCCCUGCUCCUGUACUGACCCACACGCCAAACAUGAGAGUUUCACCUGGAGGAAACGCAACACAAACAGAAACACAUGGGACGUGAUCACCAGUGAGAGUGAACAGUACAGAAACAGAGUUCAGAUGGGUACUGUUCACUCUCCAGGAAAUCUCUCUCUAUUCAUAUCACACCUGACUGAAGAGGAUGAGGGAGUCUACAGGUGUUAUCCUAACCAGUGGAACUAUAAAGCCAUCAGACUCAUCAUUAAAGGCUGCAUGUUGGUAGGGAAUCUGAGGACAGACGUCAUCACUGCAUACACAGGAGACUCAGUACAGCUGCCCUGCUCCUGUACUGAACCACACGCCAAACCUGAGAGUUUCACCUGGCAGAAAUACAACACAAGAAGACAAACAUGGGAUGUGAUCACCAGUGAGAGUGAACAGUACAGAAACAGAGUUCAGAUGGGUACUGCUCACUCUCCAGGAAAUCUCUCUCUACUCAUAUCACACCUGACUGAAGAGGAUGAGGGAGAAUACUGGUGUUAUCUUAACCAGUGGAACUAUAAAUACAUCAAACUCAUCAUUAAAGGCUGUAUGCUGCAAGGGAAUCUGAGGAGAGACGUCAUCACUGCAUACACAGGAGACUCAGUACUGCUGCCCUGCUCCUGUACUGACCCACACGCCAAACCUGAGAGUUUCACCUGGAAGAAACGCAACACAAGCAGUAAAACAUGGGACGUGAUCACCAGUGAGAGUGAACAAUACAGAAACAGAGUUCAGAUGGGUACUGCUCACUCUCCAGGAAAUCUCUUUCUACUCAUAUCACACCUGACUGAAGAGGAUGAGGGAGUCUACAGGUGUUAUCCUAACCAGUGGAACUAUAAAGCCAUCAGACUCACCAUUAAAGAGGCUCCAUAUAAACCUGUAAAUUCUCCUCCAGUGGACACUGACACAACAAGUCCAACAGCUUCAACUAAACCUGCUACUACAAUGACGUCUCCAACAGUCUCUCCUCAGACUCUGCCCUACAUCCCCUUUGCUUUGGUCACUGUGAUCUUCCUCCACAUUAUCGUGGCUGUGGUUUAUUACACCAAAAGAAACAAAGAGUCAGAUCCUGAAUGAACUGAGUUGUUCUUGUUCAUGUGACCUGCUUCAGUGUCAGAAAUGAGCAGAGUUCACUAUAACACUGCUGGUGGAGAUGAAACAGCUAGUCUGCAGUAGAGAAGAAAACCAAGAGAAAUCAACAGACCAGCUACAGACCUACACACCUGUUUAACAGACCUGCCACACACAUCUGAUCAGCGUUAAGUGGCACUGAAAUCUGCGUUGUGGUUCGGUCCGGUAGAGAGGAACCGGUGCUAAUUACUUGCUAAUUGCUAAUUAGAUACUAGCAUAAAGUAGGACUUGUAGGGGCAGGACAAUCUAGAACUAAAUUCUGACUCCAACAAGCAUCAUUUUGCUUGUCUGUAAAAAAUGUAUUGCGUCUGUAAAAAAUGUAUUGCGUUUUAUUAUUACAUUAUCGUAUU